AUGGAUAAUAAUUUCCAACAAUCUUCCAUUUAUGAGUCGCCAUCCAAUAACUAUUAUGCACAACCAAUAUAUUCCAGUGAAUAUGGACAAAUUCAAUCUUUUAAUAACAUGGAUAUGAAUACACAACAACAAAUGUAUCAGACAACUACACAACAACCAUCUUCGAUUUAUCAGUCACAGUUUCAACAACCACCACCUACUUAUGCGACAGCUCUUCAAUCAUCAUCAUAUCCUGUACCUAUGCAACAACAGUUGCCACCUGUAAAUGGCAACCAGAACUUAUCAACAAAGAAUCCAACUGGUCCAGAAGCAUCUCCUGCCAAAGGCUUUGAAUGGCCGCGUAAAUCGGUUUCGCUUGUUUGUCCAAAAUGUGGUGCUUCAGUAUCAACACGUGUAGAAACAAAAAAUACAUUGAUUACUUUAGCAUUUGUUUUGAUCUUUUGUUGUGUCACCUGUAUUUUGUUUUGGAUACCACUUUGUGUGUCAUCAUUUAAAAAUUCAUCUUCAAGUAUACCAACAACAGUAAAAUCAAGUAGUUUAUGUGCUUCAUGUGUAAGAUUAAAAUUUAAUGUUUUCACUUUUUUACUUGUUAUUAAUGAACGUUCAAUUGUUAUGCAUUGUUUUCGAUCAUCAAAAAAUAAUGUGCUACAGUGA